GGUUUGCUGCAGCAGAAGCGCUAGCUAGCCAGUUCUGGAUGAAGGCUGGAUUAAAACUAGUCAACAACCACCCCUUGGCUACGGGGUCACGGAAUUUAUCUAACCCGAGGGCUAUAGCUGAGCCUACAAUGACCGAUGGUGGGAGAGAGUGAAUGGAAGCAGAAGAUGAGCGCGGGGCAGAAGGACAGUUGGUGGUGGGCUCAGUGAUUCUCUCACCGUGGGGAUGGCACAGGGAGGCCCUCAGCUGGACUAUCAGAUCCUGCACGACCUGAAGCAGCGCUUCCCCGAGAUCCCCGAGGGAGUGGUGUCUCAGUGCCUGCUGCAGAAUAACAACAACCUGGACGUGUGCUGCCACCUGCUGGCGCAGGAGAGCAACCGCUACCUGUAUGAGGAGUACCAGAGCGUGGAGGGAGGCCGGCUGAGCCGUGGCCACAUGCUGCACAUCAACCUGGGGAAGGCCAACGGCGUGGGGGGGCGCACCCUGGUGCACAGCUCCAGCGACGGACAGCUGGAGCCCCAGAGGGCCGGCCCCGGGGCCCCGCCCCAGCCCCAGAUGGUGUUCCCCGAGCCCCACUCGGCGCCGGCCACCAUGGCCCCCUCUCCCGGGUACAACCCCUUCUUCAUCAACGAGCAGGGCCGGUCCGCCGGCACCCCGCCGCCGCCCACCUACUCCGUCCCCCGCUACACCAUGAAGCCCAUCACCGUCACGCUGUCCCAGAGCAUCCCCCCGGCCCCCCAGGCCCUGCAGAUCCCCGGCUGUGGGUACGCGGGCGGGGGGAACGCCCUGUACAUCCGGCCUGGCCCCCAGCCCUCCCCCUGGCCGUCGCCCGUGGUGCCCGUGUACCAGCCCUCGCCCUACCCCCCGCCCCCCUACGCCUCCAAACCGCUGCCCCAGGGCGUGUACCACUCCCCGACGCCCCCCGCCCAGUUCCCCUCCCCCUACAGCUCGCCCCAGCACCAGAUCCAGACGUCCCACGUGCUGCUCCCCAUCAGCCCCCCCACCUACCAGCACCAGACCCAGCACCCAAACCAGCACCAGACCCAGCACCCAAACCAGCACCCAAACCAGCACCAGACCCAGCACCAGACCCAGCACCAGACCCAGCACCAGACCCAACACCCACCCCAACACCAGACCCAACACCCGCCCCAACACCAGACCCAACACCCACCCCAACACCAGCCCCAGCACCCGCCCCAGCACCAGCAGCCCGUCACCUACCUGCCUUUCCUGAAGAACCAGAUGGAGAUCCCCCUGGAGGGGCCCCCGAGGGCCCCGGGGCAGCGGGCCCGCAGCAACUCGCCGGCCCCCACCCCGGGGCAGCAGGGCCCGCCGCAGCGGGGCCAGGGCUCCCUCUACAUCUCCACCAGCCCGUCGCCCGGCUCGCCGUCCCGCGGGAUCAGCCUGACGGGCCCCGCCUCCUUCCACCCGGGCAUGUAUAUGCACCAGAGCCCCGGGCGGCCCCACCCGGCCUCCUCGCCCCAGCCCGCCAACGCCGCCUACACCUUCAAGAUCAAGGUGUCCCCCGGCCGCGCCCAGCGGCCCCCCGGCUCGCCCACCGUGGAGACGGAGUCCCUGCUCAACAUGGUGGACCAGGGCGAGCACCCCGCCGGCCCCGCCCCCAUCCUGCCCAUCUCCGUGUUGCCGGGCAACGUGGCCAGCCAGAUCAACCACCUGCCGCGGAGGUCCAGCUCCGGCUCCGACGACUACGCCUACACUCAGGCGCUCCUGCUGCACCAGAGGGCCCGAAUGGAGCGUCUGGUGAAGGAGCUCCUCCUGGAGAGGCAGAAGCUGGAGCAACUGAAAGGCGACGUCAACGAAAUGGAGUACGACCUCCUGCAGAGACGCUUUCACAGAGUCAACAGCUCCAGCAUCAUCCCCAGGCCGGAAGACAUGACCCGUUUGCGCAGUCUGAACCGACAGCUACAGAUUGACAUAGACUGCACCUUGAAGGAGACGGACCUGCUGCAGUCCGGAGGCAAGUUUGACCCGAAAGCGAUGAAUAACUUCUACGACAACAUUCAGCCUGGACCGGUGGUCCCACCCAAACCUGUGAGGAAAGACGGUGGGGGCGGCUCCAAGGCUCCGCGGGAUGAGGAUUUUGAGGGGGUGCCGUGGAACUGCGAGAGCUGCACCUUCCUCAACCACCCGGCGCUCAACCGCUGUGAGCAGUGUGAGAUGCCCCGCUACACCUGAGCCCCGCCCGCCACACCUGCACCACGCCCUCUGCGUCUGAGCCCCGCCCUCUACACGAGCCACGCCCCUGCACCUGCACCAGGCUCUUACACACGAGCCACGCCUCCUUUCACACCUGAGUGACUUUCCCUAUACCUGAGCCACUCCCUCUACCCCCUGAGCCACGCCCCCUUGUGCCUGAGCCACACCUCCUGCACCUGAACCAGGCUCUUACACACGAGCCACACCCCCUCUACACCUGAGCCACGCCCACCACGGACAGAGCGACGGACAGGUAGCCCCACGGAGCGCUGUCCCAUCUCCCUGCUCCGCCCCCCGUGCUCGAACACUCACAUUAAACACACGCCCGCCCCCCUGUGCUCGAACACUCACAUUACACACACGCCCGCCCCCCUGUGCUCGAACACUCACAUUACACACACGCCCGCCCCCCGUGCUCGAACACUCACAUUAAACACACGCCCGCCCCCCUGUGCUCGAACACUCACAUUAAACACACGCCCGCCCCCCUGUGCUCGAACACUCACAUUAAACACACGCCCGCCCCCCUGAUCCUGGCCUGUCCUCCCAGCUUCAGAGAGCAGAUGCUAAGGAGAGUAAUAUAAAAACGGGAGGGGCCGGAAAGAAAGCAAGAGGAGGAGUCCUGAGGAGGCGUGGCCCUGGCUCCGAGAACGGAGGGGGGUGGUUCAGAGAAAAUGGGAGAGUGGCUUAGAACUGGCAACCCCGUGGCGUGGUUCACAGGACGGACAACGUGGAUGUGUUGGCCAGGUUGUGGAGGGGAGGGACCCCCCCCCAUAGCCGAAAGAGACGGCGCUGUUUACGUGCCUGGUGUGCACUCACAAAAUGGACGCCUCACGGCUGCCGGGACUCGCGUUAGAAACGGAGCGGCAGCCCCGGGGUCCAAUGAGCCCUACACUGUACGCCGCUCUGCUCCGUGAGACGAAGAACACUAACAGACUCGCACACAAAUAUAUACUAUACCCCCUGCCGCUCCGCUUCGCACUCUACUCGACUCAGAAGCUGUCGUCCUGGUCCGAGGCUUUUCGUGAGAGUGAGAGAGAGUGAGAGAGAGUGAGAGAGAGUGAGAGAGAGUGAGAGAGAGUGAGAGAGCGUGAGAGAGCGUGAGAGAGCGUGAGAGAGCGUGAGAGAGCGUGAGAGAGCGUGAGAGAGCGUGAGAGAGCGUGAGAGAGUGUGAGAGAGAGUGAGAGAGCAUGAGAGCGUGAAGCUACUGAAGCACCAGCUCUGUGUGGAGCCCUGUGCGUGAAUGUGCGUAUGAAUAUAUCUGUACAAAACCUAUAUAUACUUGUCCCUCAGUUCACGCCUACGAACAAUUCAAAAAGCACUGCAUCCGUCGUGAAAUCAGGAACUAUCUGAUUUAUCUGCUGUAAUGUAUUACGGACAUGGACAAACUUAAUGUAUGCUUCCCAUCGGCUGUGUUGGUGCCUGAAGACAAAAUGGGGCUCGUUUAACCCAUCCGACCCUAUAGCACCUCAGCCUGACUGUAGAAAUGUACCUUAUAAUGCUGGCUGUCAGUAUUAGGGUGGUGUGCUAUGGGGUCUGCACAGACUACUAUAGGGGCGGAGGACGACCCUUUGAUUGGUUUGGGUGUGGUAUUAGUGUUUUUCUGGGUGGAGGUAAUGAAACUAACCCGAAAUCACCCCACCUGAAGCGGCCCUCUUGGGCCUCGGUCGGUGACAGUCGGUCCGAUUUCGGUUUUGAGGUCAUGAGUAGUAUUGUAACAAGGUGUGUGCGCGUGUAUGUGUGUGAUUGUUUUUUUGUUUUUUUUUUUUGUUUUUUUUUCUGUUAAUUUUAAAAUCUUGAAAAUUUUCUUACGGUCAGCACUAUCCCUCAGGAACCCUGUGGAACUGUGGGUAAUGGAGGGGUGAGAGGACGGGAGGGGUUUGUGUUCGGUGUCGCUGUGGGACCCCCCCCCCCAGGUUCCCCCCCCCUCUGCUGGGGCAGGAGCCAAACGUGGGGACAGCUCUUGCAUUAACACAGCUGUGUGGAACAGAGCCAUCAGUCAACCACCACCACCAUCACCACCACCACUUUCAAAACCCUGUGAGAUCGCAGUUUGCAGCCUGGUUUAGCAUGUACAUAAUGUAAUAUAUACGUCUAAAUAAACAUACCAGAAGUC